AUGAUGAAUGUUACAGUUGCUGGUGAGAUAGUUGGUUUGAAAAGCAUAGCAGCAUACUAUUUUGGUUUAGAUAUCAAUACAAAUGUCACCAAAAUGGAAGCUGAAGAGGCUCUACAACAGGUGUUAUCUGUUUGGAAGCCCGUCUUGGUAGCAAACAAAAACCUUGUUGAUUACAUCUUCUUGAUAAGUUUAGAAUUUGCUCAAUCACAUGACUUGCCAAUGCAGAUACACACAGGAUUUGGAGAUAGAGGUUUGAAUCUGAGAAUGUCCAAUCCUCUUUAUCUCCACAAUAUUCUUGAGGACAAGAGAUUUGCAAAGUGUAGGAUUGUUCUUUUACAUACAUCAUAUCCAUUCUCAAAGGAAGCAUCAUAUCUAGCUUCUCUCUACUCCCAGGUUUAUCUUGAUUUUGGGUUGGCUAUUCCAAAGCUUAGUGUUCAUGGCAUGGUUUCUGCAGUGAAAGAUCUUUUAGAGCAAGCACCAUUAAAUAAGGUGAUGUUUAGUACUGAUGCUUAUGCCUUUCCUGAACUCUUCUACUUAGGUGCGAAAAAUGCCCGCAAAGUUGUUUUCACAGUUCUGUGUGACUCGUGCAUUGACGGCGAUCUCACUGUUUCAGAGGCUGUGGAAGCUGCAAAAGACCUCUUUGCACGAAAUUCAAUCAAUUUCUAUAAGAUUACCAGUUAA